AUGGCGGCGCCCGUGUCGCUCUGUCACGCCGCCUGCUGCGCCAACCGGGCGGGCGCCGGCGCCGUGUCGUGGGGCCGCCGCGGCGUCCUCGCCUUCGGCACCAGCCGCGACGUGCUCCUCUACGAGCCGGCGGUGAGGCGGGUGCUGGGCGCCUUCCGCGGACACACGGACAGGGUCAACUGCGUGCGCUGGGUGCGCCGGCCGAGCGGCGCUACUGAAACAGAGCUAAUUUCUGGUGGAUCAGAUAAACAGCUUAUUCUUUGGGAGUGGAAUGGAAUGGGAACAUGGAAUGAACAGCGUGUGCGAAGCGUCCCUCUGCAAGGCCACACCGAGGCUGUGUGUGCAGUGGAUGCCGCCUACCAGGGAGACGAAUGUGACUCGCACCUCUUAGCGGCUUCGGCAGCUUCCGACUCCACCGUGAGAGUCUGGUCCCGGCGGGGUUCAGAAGUUAAAUGCGUUCAAAUAUUGCAGUUUGGAAAUGGAUUUGUUAUGGAUGUUUCCUUAUCUUUCUUGCCUGGCAGCAAUGUACCAAUCUUGGCUUGUGGUGGUGAUGACUGCAAAAUACAUUUGUUUAUACAGCAGGAUGGUCAGUUUCAGAGAACAUUAAUACUCCCUGGCCAUGAAGACUGGAUAAGAAGCGUUGAGUGGGCAAUAUGUGGCGAGGAGCUUUUCUUAGUGAGCGGUGCUCAGGACUGUUUGAUAAGAAUUUGGAAAGUGUGUACAAAAUUGAAGCAAUUUCCAGAAAAUGAAAAUUAUUCCAUAAGGCUGAAAGAGAAUGUUUUUACCGUUAAAGAUACAACUUAUGCAGUUACCUUGGAGUCUGUGUUGGCUGGUCACGAAAACUGGGUGUGCGCAGUUCACUGGCAGCCCCCUGUUCUCAAAGAUGGCAGCGUGCAGCAACCCAUGAGAAUCCUGUCUGCAUCCAUGGACAAAACUGUGAUCCUCUGGGCACCUGAUGAGGAGUCUGGAGUCUGGCUGGAACAGGUGCGGGUAGGUGAAGUAGGUGGCAACACACUCGGAUUUUUUGACUGCCAGUUUAGCCCGGAUGGCUCAAUGAUAGUUGCUCAUGCUUUUCACGGAGCACUGCACCUUUGGAAACAGGCUGCGCUGAAUAAGAAAGAAUGGACUCCAGAAGUUGUGAUUUCAGGACAUUUUAACAGUGUAGAAGAUGUAAAGUGGGAUCCACAAGGAGAAUUUAUCAUAAGUGUUAGUUCUGAUCAAACUACUAGAGUCUUCGCUCCCUGGAAAAGAAAGCACGAGACAGAGGUGACCUGGCACGAAAUUGCGAGGCCCCAGAUACACGGCUACGACAUGCGCUGCCUGGCAAUGGUCGGCCGCUUCCAGUUUGUGUCUGGAGCAGAUGAGAAAGUGCUCCGAGUCUUUCGGGCUCCCAGGAAUUUCGUGGAGAAUUUCAGUAACAUUACUGGUGUCCCCGUUGGGGAGCUGUGCUACCAGCAAUCAUCUGACCUCCCGGAAGGUGCAAUUGUGCCAGCUUUGGGCUUGUCCAAUAAAGCUGUCUUUGAAGGAGAUGUGGCUCCUCAGCCAGCUGACGAGGAAGAAAAUUUUAACUCCAUUUCUAAUCAGUAUCCUGAGAUUAGUUUUCAACCCUUGAUCCUCACAGAGCCUCCCCCAGAGGAUCACUUGCUGCAGAAUACCCUGUGGCCUGAAGUCCAAAAGCUAUAUGGACAUGGAUAUGAAAUUGUUUGUGUUGCCUGCAACAAUGCCAAUACAAUAAUUGCCUCAGCAUGUAAGGCUUCCAAAAAGGAACACGCUGCUAUAAUUUUGUGGAGCACUGAGUCUUGGAAGAAACUGCAGAGUUUGACUUUCCACAAUCUGACUGUUACCCAGCUGGCGUUUUCUCCUAACGAUCAACUUUUAUUAGCUGUUUCCAGAGACAGGAACUGGUCACUGUGGAAGGAACAAGACUCAUCAGAGUCAGGACCUGUUUUCUCCUGCUGCGCUUACACAGACAAAACCACAGCUGUGCACAGUCGAAUCAUUUGGUCGUGUGACUGGACGCCAGAUAGCAAGUAUUUUGUUACUGGCAGCCGGGACAAAAAGGUGCUGGUGUGGGGCCGGUGCGAGUGGGGUGCGGGCGGCGCGAUGCCGGCGCCGCGUCCGUGCUCGGCGCCGCUGGAGGCCGGCGAUGCCGUCACCGCCGUGGCCGUGGGCCGGGCGCCCGCCCCCGGCGGCAGAUACAUCGUCGCGGUCGGCCUGGAGAGCGGGACCAUUCAUCUGCUCACGUGGAAGCAGAGCGGGCAGGAGCCAGCGGCCACCGACUGGAGCAAGUGUGUCCAAAUGGACGACAGCCGAGGCCACGCUCUGGCUGUGAAGCGGCUGUGCUGGAGACCCCGGCAGGGCCGAGCGGGGCACGAGGACCACGAGGGCAGCGAGUGGCUGCAGCUCGCGAGCUGCGGUGCCGACCACUGCGUUAAGAUAUUCAAUGUCAACAGAUGUGCCUUGUAAGCAGCGGCAGCGACAGGCCUGCCCGAGCAGCAUGCGCUCACGCCGCGUCGUUUCGGCGGCUUCACUGCUGCUGACUUCAACGUUCUCUGCUUCCUGUUGUGCACAGCAAGACACAGUGAGUGAAACAGAACUUUAGUUAAAGCGACUCGUGGGGCAGCUUGGAAUACUUUCCUAAUCCUGCAGUCCCAGGAAAUUUUAAGUCUUUUGUAUGUUUUGGUUGGUGGAUAUGCUGGAACUCAGCAAUGUGUGUGGGGAGGUCCUGAAUUUAUUACACAGUAAAGCACUGUGCCGGAGAAGGAAAACAAGAGUUGAGUUCACUGUGACUGUGGGGUGUGCAGGAAACACCUGUACUGGUGUGGGGAUUUUUUCUUUCUUUCUUCAAUGUGGAAGUAAAAGGCCUUCAAUAGUGAGAAGACUAACUCCACUUUUACUGUUCAUCCAUCGUAAGACAGAACAAAGAAAACUGAAUUUUGGAUGAACAUUCCAACUCCUGCGUGGCUCUCUGGGAAUUCAAACAGGAUAGAACUGCUUACAAGCUCGGCAGUGCCACAGAACAGAUAUAUUGUAUAUCCAACAUGCCUUUACGGGAUUUCAGUUCCA